AUGGCGAUGCUCGUACAACAGAAUAACCAAGGAUCCAACUUGUUGGUGGUCCAAGCUCCCCCUCUUCCUCAAUGGCAGUCGUUUCUCUUUCCCGCCGUGGCAUCCACAUUGGCGGCUCCCUUUUCCAAUCCCUUUGGUGUUGCCAAGACACAAGCCAUGAUGUUUCAAGGAAAACAAGGUGGCGGCAUUGUCGGAUUUUUUCGACUCUGCCUUACGAGUGACGUUCGUAUCCUCCAACGCGGAUUGAUUCCGGUCAUGAUGCGAGAAACGAGUCAAAAUCUGUUUCGCAUUGGUGCCUAUCAACCCAUUAUGGACCGUGUGCAUACGGGGCCCGACUCUCCACCGGCCUGGAAACGCAUGGUGGCCGGUGGCAUUAGUGGUGCUCUCGGCUUUUUCAUUUGCAACCCGUUUGAAAUUGUGCGUACCAAAGUACAGGCCCAACCACUGCCCAUGCUCAAUAUGGUGGGAGCCGGUGGCGGUGCUGCUGCCGCACCCGUCCCAAUAGUGGGUCCCUUGGCAUUUACCCAAUCCAUUUGGGAGGCGCAAGGCAUGCAAGGAUUCUUCAAAGCCGGAGGCGCCAGUGUCGCUCUGGGAGUGGUCUGUACAUCGGUCAAUUUGACCUCCUAUACUCUGCUCCAUGAAUACGCCAUUGAACAUGGCUAUCAAGAUACUCCUGCCAUCGACAUGACCUGUGCGCUCACCAGUGGAUUCUUGUCGGCACUCGCCAUGAAUCCCGUCGAUGUCAUUCGGACCCGUCUCUUUGCCGGAUCCAUCCAAGGCGGGAUGGUCCACGCCGCCUACCAGAUUUGGAAACAAGAAGGUCCUGCCGCCUUUAUGAAGGGCUUUGUUCCUUCCUUUCUUCGUAUUGGACCGCACUUUUGUUUGACGUUUCUCUUUUUGGAACAAAUGCGACGCAUGUCCAAAGAACAAAACUUGGAGAAUGCACGCACCCAAUGGUUGUUGGGCAUUUUCCGGUCCAUGGAUGUCGAUGGCAAUGGAGAAAUUGAUCGGUUGGAACUCCAAACGGCCUUGCAGCAUGCCGGACACGAUGCCGCCACGGCCCAGACAAUCACAAAUGAUAUCUUUGCCGAGGCCGAUUACGACCACAGUGGAACCAUUGAUAAGGCAGAAUUCGCACAUGCGGCCCGGUCUCAAAAACUCGAUCACAUUCUCAAAGAACAACAAAUGGUGGCACUCUUCAAGAGUUUGGAUACCGAUGGAAAUGGGGUCGUGGACGAAGAAGAACUCUACGAAGCCAUGCGUCGCAGAUUUCCCAGUUCGCGCACGCUUCAACAAGAUGUGCGGCGGUUGAUGGAUCUCGCCGAUGCCGACAAUGACGGGACCAUGUCCUUUCAAGAAAUGUGCGCCGUCUUUGAUUCCUUGGAAGAUUUGCAAGAUAGUCGGGUGCUGCGAGACACUGUCCACAAUGCGGGUGUUGGACUCUAA